GGCGAUAUGGGACCGCAGGGGUUUCCCGGGACCCCGGGGGAGCCUGGUCUGAAGGGGGAGAAGGGUGACCCAGGCAUGGGACCGAGGGGACCCCCUGGACCACCUGGUCCCCCGGGACCGCCAGGACCCUCCUCCAAGCAUGACAAGCUGACCUUCAUCGACAUGGAGGGCUCUGGCUUUGGUGGCGACCUGGAGAGCCUGCGGGGUCCACGAGGACCACCUGGUCCCCCAGGGCCACCUGGUGUGCCUGGUUUGCCGGGGGAACCGGGACGGUUUGGGAUGAACCGCACGGACCUUCCGGGACCGCCAGGUCUGCCGGGCAGGGAUGGGACCCCUGGGCCCCCAGGGCCAGCGGGUCCUCAGGGUCCUCCUGGAAGAGACGGGGCAGCUGGGCAGCCGGGGCCCAAAGGAGAGCAGGGCGAUGUGGGCGACCUCGGCCUCCCCGGUGCACCGGGACCCAAGGGCAGCAAGGGAGAAACAGGACCGGCAGGAGCCCCAGGAGAAAUGGGGUUAGCUGGCCUUCCUGGGCCCAUUGGACCCCGAGGGCAGCCAGGGCCCCCCGGUCCCCCGGGACCGCCGGGGCCAGGCUAUGAGGCUGGAUUUGGUGACAUGGAGGGGCCGGGGGCGCCCAUUGGGGAGGUCGGCAGCCCUGGGCAGCCCGGCUUGCCGGGACCAAAGGGAGAUGCUGGUGUGCCUGGUGUGGAUGGUCGCCCUGGACUGGAGGGCUUCCCCGGACCGCAGGGACCCAAAGGUGACAGAGGCAGCGCCGGCGAGAAGGGUGAGCGAGGCCAAGAUGGUGUAGGGCUGCCCGGCCCACCUGGUCCACCUGGUCCCCCUGGACAGGUCAUCACUCUCUCGAGUGAAGAUAAGUCUUUGGCGGCUUUGCCCGGUCCAGAGGGCAGACAGGGUCACGCUGGCUUCCCGGGCCCAGUGGGACCGAAAGGAGACCGGGGGUCGUCUGGUCCCCAGGGCUCCCCGGGGUUGAAGGGGGAGAAGGGGGAGCCUGGCGUCAUCAUCAGCCCUGAUGGGACCAUGGUCACUGCAAAGGUGAAAGGAGAAAAGGGGGAGCCGGGGCUGCGGGGACCGAUGGGACCUUCGGGUCCCCAGGGACGAGCAGGGAUGAAGGGAGAGAUCGGCUUUCCGGGCAGACCCGGACGUCCCGGCAUGAACGGGCUGAAGGGCGAGAAGGGUGACCCCGCGGAUGUCAGUAGUGUGCUGGGCUUGCGGGGUCCCCCGGGACCCCCAGGUCCCCCAGGCCCCCCCGGGCUGCCUGGCAGCAUAGUCUAUGACAGCAGCAAUUGCUGAGGUGGCAUCUGUCUGGUGCUCCCCACAGGUUUCCACCAGUUUCCAGGACAAAAGGGGGAGAAAGGCGAUGCUGGAGCCCCGGGACCCCCAG